ACUUACUCACCAGCACUUCGCUCUUACUCAGACUUUCUCACAUUGACUGACUGUAAAAAGGUUAGGCAGAGAAAAUUAUGAAACACUAUUAUGAUGUCAGUUAAUCUUGGGGUUUGCUUUAGAAUUAUAUCAGGAACCUGGUUUACUGAAAUGUUGCGGGAAGGAUUUAGAUUUUCCGGAUACAAUAGAGUUCAGCAGAAGGUUGCGCACUUUGGAUUAAAGACAAAGAAAGUGCGGAGUGCCAAAGAAUGUCUUCUCUUCCACUAAAACAGGCUCAGAGAGAGAGAGUUGUUGUUGUUGUUGUUGUUUGUUUGUUUGUUUUUCCAAAUCAGGUGCAAGAUAUUUUUUUUUCUUUCUUUUUUACAACAACAAAACUGUUGGAUUUCGUGCACCAUUUCCUCCUCACGCAUUACAGCCGCCUUAUCUCUCAGAAAUACCAUUACAUUUCAACAACGCCUGUCAGGAGGAGGAGUGGUCCCGGAGACGGAAUGUAGGCGUGGGUUUGUGGAUUUCCACACAACAGUUGAUAGUCAAAAACCGGGAGGACCGCCUGAGCCAUCACACGCAGGAGGCGCUCCGUGAAGUUGCGUACAGGUCGGGAGCAAGUUUCUCUUUGCGCUCGGAGAAAAAAAAAACGGACCUGGUGAAGAGAGAGGACUCUUAACAGACAUUACCUGCUUUCUGAAGGAACAUCGGUGGUGCGCGCUGAGAGCCCCGACCUGCACGACAUGAUGAGGUCUUUGUUGAGUGGACGGUAGUUUUAAAGCUGCUGCUGUCAAAGAAGAGGCAUUUCUUGCUUUUUCAAUCGGACUGUUGUUCUCUGACAGCUGCUUUUUCAAUGUGGGAUACAUUUUUGGUGCUUUUGCCAGGCUGAAAUCUUCCAGGGUCAGGACCUCCCUCAUGGCAGCCUUGCUCCUCGGGCUGCUGCUUUUUGCAAUGCAGUCUCCUUCUCUCCCCUCGCGCCCGCUGGCGGUCGGGCAGCCACCCUCACCUCCCACCUCCUCACCCACUGACAACGGGACCACCAGCCACCCCAACGGAACCCUCCAGCAACUUCCUCAGAUUAUAAUUAUUGGGGUGAGGAAGGGAGGCACACGGGCAUUGAUUGAGAUGCUCAGUCUACACAGCUCUGUGGCAGCAGCUCAGAAUGAGGUUCACUUUUUUGACUGGGAGAGCCACUUUCAAAAGGGCUUGCCUUGGUAUAUCAGCCAGAUGCCUUACGCCUUUCCUGACCAGCUGACAGUGGAAAAGACGCCAGCCUACUUCACCUCCAGUAAAGUCCCUAAACGCAUCCAUCAGCUGAAUCCAAACAUCAAGCUGCUGCUCAUUCUUAGAGACCCCACAGAGCGGGUGCUCUCGGACUACACCCAGGUCUUUUACAACCGACUCCAGAAGCACAAGCGCUACCAGCCCAUUGAAUCUGUGCUGGUAAAGGAUGGUGAGAUAAACCUGGGAUACAAGGCUCUUAACCGCAGCCUGUACUACAUUCACAUGCAGAACUGGCUGCAGUACUUCCCCCUGGAGAACAUCCAUGUAGUUGAUGGGGAUGAGUUGAUCAGGGAUCCCUUCCCUGAAAUGAAAAAAGUGGAAAGGUUCUUGAAGCUGGAGCCUCAGAUAAACGCUUCAAAUUUUUAUUUCAAUAAAACUAAAGGAUUUUAUUGUUUGAGAGACCAUGGGCGAGAAAGGUGUUUACACGACUCAAAAGGCAGGGCUCACCCUCACGUGGCUCCUGCCAUCCUGCAAAAACUCUACCAGUUCUUCCACGAACCCAACAAGAAGUUCUUUGAGCUGGUGGGACGAACAUUUAACUGGAAAUGAACCAGUCUGAGUCUCAGUGUAGUUAUUUGGGUAUACUUUCCUUGAAUGGUCCUGCUUUUCUCCCUAAUAACAUAGAUGAAGGGAUGAAGCUAAUGUAAAUUUCAACGAAAUCUAUUUUUGUAGUAAGUUUCUAACAGGAGUGUGAUCGAGCCAAAUAUCAGGGCAGAAUGCAGGUUUUCUUUUUCAUUUAACUGAAAUUCUGUGCCGUUAGACACACACAACAUCAGUCACAUUGUCUCAUCAGAGCAGACUGCUUCACAUUUUAGACAUUCCCAGUUAAUAUUUAAGAUAAGCACUGAAAAGUUUAAUGUUCUCGAACUCUCUUUUAUCACUAUGUGUUAUGAAAUUAUUAGCAGUUAACAGCAUUUAGAGCUCUGAAGGAAUUUACCUGCUGCUACGACUUUUUUAUGUUUAGUCACUUUCAGGCACACGCCAUACUGGACAUGCAUUUGUUAUUUGUGUUACUUUACAGUCAGUUAUGUAAAUGCGGUGUGGACAAAUGAUAUUGCUAAUCCUGACUGUGUAAUGUAAAUAUUUUUUAAAUUGAGGAAUUAAUAACAUAAUAAAGAUGUUUUAUUUUUAGCAUGCCUGCUACUUUCCCUCCUCACCCCCAUUGGUUUUUGUCAGUUUUUAUUCAUCAAUUUUGUAUCGUUUUGAUGUGUAAUUUGUCUUAGAUGCUUAUAGAAUGACUAAAGUCAAUAUUUCCCACCAGCUGACUGUGUGAGCAAGUCACGCAAAUCAUAAACGGACAUUUUGAACAUUUCAUUCAUGCUGUCGCAUAAACAUUAAAACAAUGGUGCAACUUUA